AGAUGGCCGCCAGUAAAUUUACGCCGCCGACAACAGUUCAAAACAUCUAGCCUCAGAAGGGUCUCAAAUUAAAAGUAGACGUCAAAGAUGCAGCAAACAUUUUGUGACAAACACAGAAUUCGCCGUGGCAAACAAGCGCUGGGCGACAGAUGGCGAGUUCUUCUCAACCGGCCCCCCCUCCGCCACCCGCCCCCAGGGGGGGCGAAGCCAGUCUCUGCGAAUGCGGCCGCAUGUCAAUCAGCGGCUCUCAUGUGAUGGCUCUUGCCAAUGACGUGCCAGCCAUAUGGGCCUGGCAUCACACAGCCCCGCCACGCAAGUCACCCGUGCGCUUCCUCCCCUCGCGCGCGUCUGGGCUGCAGACAGAGGCAGGGUGGCCGCAGAAGAAGAGGAGGAGGAGGAAGAAGAAGGUAGGCGCACGAGCGGGGAACACACGGUAGAACCUUCUUCGCCCGCGCGACGCCAAGGCGACAUGGUGUAAACAAACACCAGGUGACAAUGUUGAGCCGUCUCUUCAGUGAGGUUCUGCCGGACGUCCAGCGGCUCGCGGCGGACUGGGCCGACGAUCCGGACACCGAGCUGGCCUGCAAGGUGAAGCCCGAGCGUGAGACCCACCUCGGCGGGGAGGACGAGCUGGACGAGGCGCGCGGGGGGGACAGCAGCAGCCGGGCAGAGUCCGAAAUGGCAGACGACGACGACGAGGAUGAGGAGGAGGACUGCGGCGGCGAUGAGGACGGUUCCGGGGAUAAAGUGGGCAAAAAGCGCGGUCCGAAGAAGCGUAAAACGAGCGCCGCCCGCCUGGAGCGCUCCAAAGUGCGGCGGGUGAAGGCCAACGCUCGCGAGCGCACGCGCAUGCACGACCUAAACUCGGCGCUGGAUAACCUGCGCAAGGUGGUGCCCUGCUACUCCAAGACCCAGAAGCUGUCCAAGAUCGAGACGCUGCGCCUGGCCAAGAAUUACAUCCUGGCGUUGGGCGAGAUCCUGCGCAACGGCAAGCGUCCGGACGUGGUGAGCUACGUGCAAAUGCUGUGCAAGGGCCUGUCGCAGCCCACCACCAACCUGGUGGCCGGAUGCCUGCAGCUCAACACGCGCAACUUCCUCACAGAACCGGACGCGGCGCGCUUCCACAUGCCCGGUUCGCCCUUCUCCUUGCAUCCGUAUUCUUCGUCGUCGUCUGCGGCGGCGGCGUCCUACCGGUGCCGCCUCGCCAGCCCCAACUACCAAGCCCCGGGCGGCGGGCCCUUGAACAUGCGGGGGCACUCAUACGCCUCCGGAUACGACGCCGCGUACCCCCCGGGCGGGGCGUCCCCGGAGUACCUGAGCCCGGACUACGAGAGCCAACACAGUCCGCCGGGGUGCUUGGGCGUCGGAGUCGGCGCCUCCGCCAAGCAGCAGGAUCUCGACGCCGAGCGGAACUAUCACUACUCGUCUAUGCAUUACUCCAGAGCCGGACGCGCUUUGACGUUUGGCCCCUCGGGACCGCGCGGCGGGGGCGCGCACUCAGAGAACAUUCCCCCCUUCCACGAGGGCCACCACGAGCGCGCGCUGGGCCCUUACGAGGACAUCAGCGCCUUUUUCCACAACUGACCUUUGAGUGACAAUCCGUCUGGUCUCCUCCUGUAAUCUGAUUACAAACAUGUUGUUGUUCGUUGUGAGUUUUUGUGUGUGCAAAAUGACGAGACCCGUGUAAUAAUUACGAAAUACACAAAUAAAAAUGUUUUAUAAUUGCCUGAUAUAUCAUAUAUGCGUUCCUCCCACCACAUUAAACUCAAUUUUAUGUUUUUCCACAUUACAAUUGACUCUUCUGCAAGCCUCCUUAAUUAAUAACUAUUGCAUAGAUUAAAAAAUA